AUGGCGGCGCCCGCGCAGGCCGGCCUCAGGGCGUCAAGCUUCGUCGGCGACGCGAAUGCCCUGUCCGCGCAGAAGCGGCCGCAGGCAGGGACCAGCCGCGGCAAUCUGCAGGUCCUCGCAGCAGGGUUGAGGGAGGUGCGCACGCGCAUCGACUCCGUGAAGAACACGCAGAAGAUCACGGACGCGAUGAAGCUCGUGGCCGCCGCCAAGGUGCGCCGCGCGCAGGAGGCCGUCGUCAACGGGAGGCCCUUCUCGGAAAAUCUCGUCAAGGUCUUGUACGGUGUCAACCAGAGGCUCCGUGUGGAGGACGUUGACUCCCCAUUGGCCAGCGUGAGGCCUGUGAAGGCAGUCUCACUGGUGGUGGUCACAGGCGAUCGCGGUCUGUGCGGUGGAUACAACAACUAUGUCAUCAGGAAGGCAGAGAAUCGUUACAAGGAACUGGAGGGGCUCGGAAUUGAUGUGUCCCUCAUUUGCGUUGGAGUGAAGGGGAGUUCGUACUUCAACCGCAGACCACAAUACAAGAAAAUUAAUGACUUUUCCCUGGGAGGCACACCCACCACGAAGGAGGCUCAGGGCAUCGCCGAUGAGAUCUUUGCUGGAUUUGUGUCGGGCGAGUCUGACAAGGUGGAACUCAUCUACACACGCUUUGUGUCCCUCAUAUCUGCAGAGCCCACCAUCCAGACCCUGCUGCCACUUACCCCACAGGGCGAGAUUUGCGACCUGGAUGGCACCUGCGUUGAUGCGCAAGAUGAUGAGAUAUUCCGGCUCACCACAGAGGGUGGGGAAUUCAAAGUGGAGCGUGAGAAGGUCACCACAGAGGCAGCCCCCCUGGAUGCAUCCCUCAUCUUCGAGCAGGACCCCGUUCAGAUCCUGGACGCCCUUCUGCCUCUAUAUUUGAAUGCCUGCCUGCUGAGGGCCCUGCAGGAGGCCCUGGCCUCAGAGCUGGCGGCUCGUAUGAACGCGAUGAACUCGGCCAGCGACAACGCCGCUGAACUGAAGAAGGCGUUGAGCAUCCAGUACAACAAGGCGCGCCAGGCAGUGAUCACCAAGGAGCUGCUGGAGAUUGUAUCUGGGGCAAACGCCCUUGGGGGGUGA